AUGUGGUUGAAGGACCUCUUGCCCCACGACAUUCCGAACGCGCGAAUUUUCACUUAUGGAUACGACUCGGAUACGCGUAGUUUCACUCAUACGUCGACUCAGAGUAUUCUUCAUCAUGCCGAGACCUUUGUGGCGGACCUGACAUUGGCAAGGAGCGGCAGUCCUGAGUCUAGGGGGUAUAAUCCUCAAGCAGUAUCAACGUAUGCUAUUCUAUUCUUUGGAACACCACACUCUGGCGCAAACGGCGUCGAAAUCGCUCAAUGGAUGACAAAAUUGCUGUCGAUAUACAUGUUUACGGACGAUACAAUACUCAAAGAUCUCAAUCGGGACUCGAAUCAGCUCCAAGGUAUACAGAAACUUUAUCUUAGUGCAAGUGAAGGCAUCAAAUCCAUCUUUUUCUAUGAAGCGCUUCCAACACCACUCAUGAAAGGGGUUGCAGAGUUG